CGGUAAUGCGCCUUUAACGCUGGCGGCCACCUACCAUAAUACCGUCGAAAGAAGAAGAAGAAUAAGGAGCUGUUUGGAUUUUGUUCCAUAUUAGCUUCAAGGAUGGAUAAACAGUUGGAGGCGGAUAAGCUGGAAAUGCGACUCCUGACGCUGGAAAGUCGUAUAUAUGGCGAGAGAAGAAACAAAAGUGCAAAACCCGCCAAGUGUGCUGAGUCUUUGGCCAGGAUUCAGGCAGGUCUGACCAACACGGCCAACAAGAGAGAGCGAGUGAAGAUCCUGCACAAGAAGAUUGAAGACCUGCUGAAGUACCUGGACCCUCAGUUCACCGAUCAUAUCACUGUACCUGACGCCAUGAAGCUGGAGUUCAUUCUGGCUGAGGAGGACUUCCUGCUUUCCCAGGCUGCUUUGCUGGAGCAGGCCAGCACCUUGCAGCCUCUGCUGGACAGCAACUACAUCAGAGAUGUACCAGAGCACGCCACCAAGCUGCAGCGCCUGUCGCAGAUCCACAUCAAAGAGCAGGACCAAACUGAGACUCAGUACCUGGAAGUGAAGAAGCUUAUUGAGGAGUACAACAAAAUGAUGUUCCUGCUCUCGAAGCAGUUUGCCCAAUGGGACGAGACCCUGAGGAAGCUGGAAGAGGCCAAGGGAAUUCGACCUGUGGAGUAGCUUCUGUCUACACACAGACACAGACACACACACACACACACACACACACACACACACACACACACACACACAUACACUUCUGAUGAGGAUGGGGAUGAUGAAGGAGUCAGCACUGUGGAGGGAGCCACACAGAUUCUAAAAUGUCCCCUUUUUCAAACCGCUCAUCAGUCGGUAAACAGAAUGUAAUUGAGUCAGGCAACAUAACAUUGAAACACUACGUUGUUCGUGUUAUAAAAUUCUCCAAUCCAGGCCAAAUAUUUCAGCUAUAACCCUGUUCUCCAAAUUGUUGUUCGGGUUCUCGCUCAUGUGACUCUUCGUCAGUCCUCUGGAGGAACUCCCAUCGCGUGACGUCUGGCUCAUUUAUUUAUUUUCAGUCAAUAAAGCUUGCUUGUUGACUCAACGUGUAAUACGUUCCUGUAUGCCUCCCUAUUACAAGUCACAAGACACACAACACACACACACACAUCCUCUUUCAGUCUUUAUAUUUUCCCUCUCCAUGCUUCCUGACAUGAUUUGUAAUAAAACUCAAAAAGCUUAAUUAUUCUGUCCAAUAUUCUGCUUUCUAAAGUGUUCCAUAUGUUUAGUUUCAUUAUACAUAAAUGUGGUUAUUCAAUAAAUAUUUCCUUCUGUCUUUCACUUC